AUGUCUAGGGGAAAUCCAGGGGAGGUCGGAGAUUUUUUUAACCCCCUGGAAAUUCAUCUCCUGGGGGACGUGGAGAGAGCCUCGAGGGACAAGGUGAACCUUCUUUCGGAGCGCUUUAAGUCGCAGGUGGAUCGACUUCGCGAGAACGGCGAGCAGCUGGAGCUGGUGUUUCUCAUCGACGCCUCGUCUUCGGUGGGUUUGCCGAAUUUUCGCUCGGAGUUGAAUUUCGCCAAGAAGCUUCUCUCUGACUUCACGGUCUCACCUGGGGCGACCAGAGUGGCUUUGGUCACUUUUUCUGACAGAAAAGAUGUGGUUCGUAGGGUGGACCAGAUAUCUCGAGCGGAGCCAGAGGAUGGGAAGUGUCGUCUGCUGAACAAACAGCUGGAGAACGUCACCUACAGCGGAGGAGGAACCUACACGCGCGGUGCGUUGCUGGAAGCGAUGAUGAUCCUGAAGAAGGGGCGACCGACAGCCAGGAAGGCGGUGUUCCUGGUGACCGACGGCUUCAGCAACGGCGGAGACCCUCGAGCAGCUGCCAGGUUCCUCAAGGACUCGGGAGCCGAGAUUUUCACGUUUGGUAUCCGCACUGGAAACGUAGAGGAACUCCAAGAGAUCGCCAGUGAACCAGGGCACGCCCAUAGUUAUCUUCUCGAUAGUUUCCCAGAGUUUGAGGCCCUGGCUAGGCGAGCUCUGCACAGGGAUUUGAAAGCCGGACGGUACAUCCCAGCCACGCCGAAGGACGCCUGCGAUGGUCUCUGCGAGGAAAGGGAUGAAAUUGCAGGUGCAAGUGAUUGCUGCGAUGCACUCGCUACUUGCGCUUGCGGCACCGCUACUGGUCAUUACGCCUGUUUAUGUCCUCCAGGGUACUUUGGUUCCGGUCUUAGAGGGUCCUGUAGACCUUGCCCCAAUGGCACGUAUGGCCUCGGAGAUGUUCCUGGAGACUCCGUCGCUGUCUGCACAUCCUGUCCUGACGUUAAUCACGUGACCCUGAAAAUCCCGGCGAUUUCAAGCGAUGACUGCACCUGCGCUCUUGGAUUCAUCACCGACAGAGCGAAAUGCGAAGCGAUUACUUGUUCCAAAUUGACGGUGCCAGAAAAUGGAUACCUGGUGAAAGCGAGUGCUUGCAGUAACGUCGUCAAUGCAGCUUGCGGUGUCAGGUGCAGAAUCGGAUUUCACCUUUUGGGGGACAGCAUUCGAUUGUGUCGAAGAAACGGGGCCUGGUCCGGCGUAGAGCCGAAAUGUCUCCUGAAAACGUGCUCGGCUCUCGGCGCUCCCAGCCACGGGCGCAUUCGGUGCGAGCACGAAGAUAUCGAUCAGCAUCGAUUGAUAACGUCAGGUGCAGCGGCACAUCCGAUUGACACUCGCUGCCAAUUUAAAUGUGACAUCGGUUAUCAGCUGAGGGGUAGCAGGAUUCGCAACUGCCUGCCAUUGUCUCGUUGGGAUGGCCUAAAAGUGACUUGCAAACCGAUAAAGUGUCAGCCUCUGAGGAAGGUCGCCAAUGGAGAGAUCGUCCCUAAGAUCUGCACCGGGACGAAUAAAUUACCUUUUGCCACUAAUUGUACCCUCGUUUGUAAGGAAGGAUUUGCUCUAGAAGGACCUCGCAAUAAAUUGUGCUCAGGUCGUACUGGCACCUGGACCAGGAGACACAGCGUGAAUCGCUGCGUGGAUAAAACGCCACCCGUGAUCGCGUGUCCGCCGAAUAUUACCGUGGAGACGAUACGAGGAGAGAAUUACGCGUUGAUUAAUUGGACGACACCAGUUGCGACUGAUAACUCUAAUCAGGACCCGGUAGUUUGGAGCAAACCCCAUAUCUCAUUCCCAUGGAAAGUGACGAUAGGCUCGCGAAAUGUCAUCUACAUUGCCAAAGAUGUCAGUGGGAAUAAAGCGGAGUGCAGAUUUACCGUCGACGUGGUCGACAAGGAGAAACCGACCGUGGAGAAUUGCGAGGAUCCACCUGUGCACCUGAUUGACGGAGACUCAGGUGCAAAAAAUGUCUCCUGGAUAGAACCGAUAUUUUUCGACAAUUCAGGGUUCGUUCAUGUAGAACGAAGUCGUAGACCUGGAGAAGGAAUAUUUCAACUGGGAACGACCAGAGUUACUUAUAAUGCAACUGAUAAAUACAACAACACUCGGAGCUGCGUUAUCAACGUUACGGUGGAAGAUGCUUGCCAAAAUAUUCCGAUAUUUUCAAACGGACAUGCAACGUGCAAUUCGCAUGAAAUGCAAGGACUGCAAUGUCUCGUCACCUGUGACGAAGGAUAUGCAUUUGUAAUAGAGUCUGCAGCGUCUCCACUUCCGGAAGACGUCUUCACCAUUACUUGCAGUGCGCAUAAUCACACGUGGAACAGCAGUUACUUUCCGGACUGCUCUGUCUCGCGGAUACCGGACACGAUAUCUCAAGAUGUGAAGAUCUUCCUGGAGGGAAACUCGACGAUCUGCUCCGAAUCUUCGACCGUUCGAGAGAUAAGUGAUCGCAUUAACGAAGAUUUACGAGCUAAACUGAUCGAUGUGUGCGGCAACGACGUGGACUGCACUCUAUCGAAAAUCGAUUCCGCGUGUACGGAAGGAUCGGUUUUCGAUAAUGUAGAUUCGAAUUUCCUACGUAGACGCAAAAGGGACGAGCGGACAAAAAAUCACGCAAAGAAGAAACGAGAAUCGCCAAGUAAAGAAACAGCGGUCGAUCGGCCGAGAAUCAAGAGAAAGAGGGAAAAAAUUGAGAUGAGGUUCAGGAUUAUCGGGAGAAUAAUUGAGGAGAACCAGAACGAUCCUAGAAGAGGAGUGACAAAAUUGCGCGAGACGAUUCAAUCGAUGACGAUGUCGGGUCAAUUAAACCUGCUCAACAAUCGAACCAAUUACGAGAUCGCAAAACUCGCCCUGAACCUUCACAUGGUAUUCGAGGAGCCCCAGGAGCUCUGCGAAUCCGGAAGCGUCCUGAGAAAGCAUAAUUGCGUUAAAUGCUCGAGUGGAACCUUCCACAACGUGACAAGAGUGCAGUGUCAAUCUUGUCCUUUGGGGGAGUAUCAAGAUGCGAGUGGGGCAUUGCAGUGCAAGAAGUGCCCAGAAAGGACCUCCACCAAGAGGAUGCGCUCAAAAUCUCCCGACGACUGCAUCCGUGUUUGCUCUCCUGGCUAUUAUUCUCGGCGAAGACGCCAUCACGAACAGGUGAUCGCCCUGGAGCCGUGCGUUUCCUGCGAAAUCGGGUUUUAUCAGUCCCAAUAUGGACAGAACGAGUGCACAGCUUGUCCACCGAAUACAUUGACCAGAAACCGCGGUUCCAAGUGGCCAAGCGAGUGCAUUCAUUCAAAUGACGUUGACAGCGACGUGUGUCAUAUAAAUCCGUGCCUCCACCAAGGAAAAUGCAUCCGCGAGAAGGACGGCUUCAGCUGCGAAUGCGACGACCGCCAUGUGGGCUCCAGGUGCGAGCAAUUUCAGAAUCCUUGCGACUCGUCUCCGUGCUUGAACGAAGGGGAAUGCAGGGCGAGCAACGAGAGCAUCGUUCCCUCCUACAGGUGCAGCUGUAAAAUCGGGUACAAGGGGCAGAACUGUGAGAUUUACGUGGACGAGUGCACCUGCAAUCCUUGCCAAAACGGUGGGGAAUGCAUCAGUACCGAGAAGGACUUCACCUGCAAUUGCAAGGACGGCUUUGAAGGAGAGCUUUGUGACAUCGCAUUAGAUCACUGUGAGCCUUCUCCAUGUCUGGAAGGAUCUACGUGCAGUGCAGUGAACGGUACAUGGGAGUGCACAUGCAGACCUGGAUUUCUCGGUCGCCACUGCAAUUUACUUGCCUGCGACUGGCUGCCUUGUCAUCCACAACAAAUUUGCAUAAACAUAGAAGACGAUCCAGCCGCCAGAAAUAGUUACAGAUGUCAAUGUCCAGAUGGCUAUGUAGGACACGACUGCGGGACAAAAGUAGAUCCUUGUACAUCUACGCCUUGUCUCAAUGGAGGCACCUGCAACUGGGAUGGGACCAUCUUUAAUUACACCUGCGUUUGUCCAGACACUUUCGGAGGCACCGAUUGCGAAAAAAAAUUAUCUUCAGAUUAUGUCAUGCACUUCACAACGUCCGGCACCACCGAUUACGUGAUGAUGCAGGGACCCUCCGAGAAUAUAACCCAGUUUACGGCUUGUCUCUGGCUGCAAGCUGCCGACACCUUCAAUUACGGAACAGUCCUGUCAUAUGCAACGCGGCAUCACGAUAACGCCCUUACGUUCACUGAUUAUAAUGGAUUCGUUCUGUACGUGAAUGGCAAGAAAAUCGUCACCGACAUAACAGCCAAUGAUGGGCACUGGCAUUUUCUUUGCAUUUCAUGGGAAAACGAAUUUGGGGCUUGGAACAUCUCCGUGGACGGUGUCAUCCAAGACAAUGGCACGGGUCUAGCGAGUGGCACCGAAAUUGGAGGAAGUGGAACUCUCGUUGUCGGGCAGGAACAGGAUCGACUGGGCGGUGGUUUCUCAGAGUCGGAGUCCUUUUUGGGGAAGUUGACUUUGCUGGACGUUUGGGAUCGGGUCCUGGACCCAGAGUACAUAGAAAAAUUGAGGUCCUCUUGUCUGAACUACCGAGGUUCUUUGUUCAGCUGGAAUCAAAUGCAGGAGCACAUUCACGGCGGCGUUUUGAUUCUUAAUUCUGGAUUCUGCCGAGGCUGUCCAUCACCGGUAACGCCGUUUCAAGGAUACGUAAACGCCAGCGACGACUUAUCCGAAAUUACCUACUCCUGCGAAAUUGGACACCUCGUGCAAUUCGGACAGAAAAUGCAGUCCACCUUGACCAGGAGAUGCCUCAAGCAAGGACACUGGGAAGGAUAUUACACCCCGAGCUGCACCAGAAUAAAAUGCGGAUUUCCGGGAUAUUUCCCUCGAGGACGUAUCCAUGGAAGGUCCUACAUGUACGGAGACAAGAUUUACUACUCCUGCGAGGAAGGCUACGUACUCCGAGGUAACAUGCACAGGAUCUGUAACGCAGAAGGCAGGUGGAGUGGCCUACAACCGAUUUGCCUAGGACGAACCUGUAGAAAUCUCCUGGCGCCGGAAAACGGGGACAUCGAGUACAUCAUCGACGAGCACGAAAGGGAAGACAUUACGAUUUUACAGGUUGGACAGCAGCUGGAAUUUAAGUGCGACCCCGGAUACCGAUUGGUCGGUGAACGUCUCUUGACUUGUCUGGAAUCCGGUACUUGGGACAACGAGAGGCCAUUCUGCGAAUCUUUCGGAUGCCCCCCGCCGAAAUCGAUUUCUCACGGAUACGUCGUGUCGAACGUUUCCUCGGACUACAACGUGAGUUCCGAGUCCGAAGGCGAGGACGAUUAUUACCAGGAGAAGGGAUACUUUUAUGGGGACGUCGUGGGAUUCUCCUGCCACUCUGGAUAUAAAUUCCAGGGCAACCAUAAUUUACUGGCGGAGUUUCGACUCCAGUGCACCACAAACGGAACCUGGAAUGGCCCCGUCCCUGACUGCGUUCCUCUGCAAUGCCCCCGGCCGAAGGCCUUAAAAAACGGCAGAGUAUUCGUCAUCGAUUCGUCACCGAAUGGCACCGCGAUCGAGAUUAAAGAAAAUCUCGACAGGAAUUCAACGACCGAGGAGAAUUCCUCCCCUUUCGGGGAUUCCAUCUCUAAGGAGAUCCAUCGACGAGACGUCUUAGAGGCGGAGGACGAAGACGAGGACCAAGAGUCGCGGGAUAAUAAAUUUACAGAUGAAUCAACGGAAGCAGAAAUCCCGGAAAAAUUGGAAAUCAAUUUCCCAUGGGGCACGAGAAUUUCCUUCGAAUGUGACACGGGUUAUAGACUCAUAGGACCAAAUUUCGGAGUCUGUUUGGAUAGCGAAGAGUGGUCUUACGGCGAUCCGAUAUGCAAAGUACAAGAAUGUCCCAUUGAGGCUCAUCCUCUGAUUCGGCUUGUGCCUAAUCUGGCGAGUUAUUUCAGAUUCAGGGAAAACUCCUCGGGCAAAGAAUCCGAGUUAUGGGAAAAUAAUCAGAGAGCGUAUAGAGUUCUCGGAAAUGCCGAGUUUUUCCUAGGAGGGAGGAUGCAUGGAAAUGAGACGACCCUUACGUGCCAGGAAAAUGCAAAUCUUGACCUGCAGGGUCUUAACAGAUCCGAGAAUAUUACAAGACUGACGUGGAGGUGCGACGAGAACGGAAAUUGGAAGAUUUCUAACGUCGACGUCGACGAGGCGAAAUUCACGAAAUUUCUGAAGAAUUCCGAGGGCCUUUGUAAAAACAUCACCUGCGACCUGCCGCAGGAGCCGAAUGACGGAUAUAUCGUGCCCGAUGAUGACGUAAAUAAUAAUAGAAGUUUCAGGACCGUCGACGAAGAGGUGACGUUCAAGUGUCGCCAUGGUUAUAUUUUACGAGGUUCGAACAAAUCUAUUUGCCUUAAAAGUGGCAAUUGGUCAGAGACUCCGACUUGUAAAUCGGUAACUUGUGGAAAACCGGCGAUUCCACAAAAUGCGAAAUUAAGGAAGACCGGAAUUGAAGUUAAAGAAUACGUAUUUGGUAAUUUGAUAAUCUAUGACUGCACAAUGGGCUACCGAAUGUCCGGCCAACCUGAAGUGAGAUGUCUGGCCAAUGGCAGCUGGUCGAAAUUACAUGGGAAAUGCUCCAAAAUAUCCUGUGGGAAGCCGAAGUUAUCACCGGGUGUUAUCGUACGUGGCCGAUCGUACUUAUACCAAGACGAAUUAUUUUAUACUUGCCCUAAUACCAGUAAACAAGGAGUAAUUACAUGCAGAAGUGACGGACAAUGGAGCGAGUUACCGAAUUGUUCGAAUGCCCAAAAUAAUGGACGGACUUAAACACGGCGUA